GAAAAUAACACCUGUUAAAAGACCUAAUUUUGUUUUUAACACCUUAAGAUUUCGAAGUUUAAUUAUAACACCUGUUAAAAAAUAAAAAUUUUGCUUUCACCACCAGAUAACAGAAACUGUGACGGAAUUUUUUGGUGGGGCCCACAUAGUCGUUUACCCUCCAAAUUCCAUCCCCUUCAAUUCGAAUUUAUCUUCUCUGUCAUUUAUUACCACCCAACUAAUUUUGCUUCAUUGAAUUUCGUCUGCAAAUCUUGAACAACCAAAAUUACUGCGAACAUUCAAACCCUAUACUGAUUGUUGUGAUUGAGAAAUUGAGUUGGAAGAGGAGGUGUCAAUAUUGGAGCAAAACAAGUCAGCGAGAUUCCGUCAGCCAUUUCCAACAUCCAAAAAGCUUGGACUUUUUCGUGGAUUCUGACAGCAACAGGAGUAAGAUUCCAAUACAGGUAGAAAAAUGGCCGACAACGAAGAUGGAUUAAUUGAUAUAGUAUUUAGAGUAGGGGGUGCUUUUGUUACUAAACAAGUGUCAAAAUCAAAGCAUUUGCUUUGUUGGUGUGGUGUGUUAUGUUAUUGGAGGAGGGAUGUGGUAGUGGAUAAGAUAGAUUUGCAUUAUUUGAGGGUAGCUGAUGUGCAUGGGUUUGUGAACUUUAAUGUCCAUGUCCCACCUAACUACAGACUUUGGUAUAAAGAAAGAGGUAGGACCUUUAACACAGGGAGAAGGGAGUUAGUAAAUGAAGAGGAAGUGAAGGGGCUGCUGGAGACAGUGAAUGGGGAAGGGUAUGUUGAAGUAUUUGUGACUGCUAAUGAAACAUUAAGGCCAAUACAUGAGAUCCAGGCCCAGUCCACUCCAGUAAAGGCUGAGAGAAAGGGGAAGAAAAGUUCAGGUAAGCCUGCUGUAGUUAGGAAGAGCCCAAGAAUUAACAAAAAUGAGCCUAAGGUGAGGGAGGGUGAAGAAUCUCCUAAACCUAGAUCUAGACAGGGGAUAGAAAGGGUUGAAGGGGUUUCUGCUGAGAUUAAGGGGGUUCCUGGUAAAGGGAAGUUGUUGAGUAAGGGGAAACAAAAGGGUAAAGCUAAGCUUGAAAGGGGUUCUGGCAGUGUGAAGGUGUUGGAUAAGGGAAAGGGAAAAAAAAAAUCUGUAGGCAAAGGAUUGAUUUUUGAGGAUAGUAGUGAGGGCAGUGAGACUGGGAGGGAAGAUGAUUUUUCUUCAAGUGAUGGGAGUGAGAUUGACAUAACUUGGGAGCUUGGAGAGGAGGAGUAUGAUAGUGGGGAUGAGAGGUGGUUUGUGCAGAAUUCUGAAGAAAUUUUAGCUAAGGUAACAAGAAGUCUUGGGAAGCAGUUUGAUGUACAUGAUGAGGGGGUUUCCAAGGAUCCAAAGGCAAGGUUGACAGAUAACUUGGAUGUGAAUGAGGUACAACUACAAGAAGAAAUUGAGGGAGAAUCAGAUGACCUAAGGAGCUUGGAUGGUUCAUCUGAUGAAGAGGACAAAAGUCCAUGGUUUAAUGACAAAUCUGACUUCUCAAAGCCUGUUGUACUUGUUCAUAGGCUUAGGUUUAGCAAUGCUACAGUGUUGAGGAAAGCUUUAAGAGUGCAUGCCAUAUAG